AUGUAUGUCUAUGCAAAAACCAAUCACAUCUCAACUCAAGUCACUAACACUACUACAGCUACUACUACAACUACAACUACAACUACAACUACAACUACAACUACAACUACAACUAUAAUGGAUGACUCGAGUUUGGAGGUUGGUAACGACUUGUACAAACCACAGAAACGUAUUUUAACAUUUUUAUUCCGCAACAAAUUCUAUCCUAUACCUAGAGAUGAGGAACGAACAAUAUACCCUGAACAAUCUAGCAACAUCCUAUAUCGAGUGCUUUUUUGGUGGGUAUCUCCGUUGAUGACAGUUGGUUAUACAAGAACACUACAACCCAAUGACUUGUGGAUCUUAACUGAUGAUAUGAAGGUUGAACAUUUCUACAAUUACUUUGUCACUUAUUUGGAAGUAGAAACUGAACGAGCUCAAUUGAACCACAUUGCCAACAAGUGCAAACAACGAGAUGAAACUGUUGAAACAUCUACCAAAUCUCGUGAAGAGGACUUGCAAGAUUUUGUCCUAUCACCCAUGAACAUUGCCACAAUCUUGUUUCUUACAUUUAAACGGAAAAUUUUAGUUAGUUUGAUUCUUGCCAUCUUUGCUUUAAGUGGCAUUGCUUGUUCGCCUUUAUUGACUAAACAAUUGAUUAGUUUUGUCGAGAAAAAGAGUUUGGGAGUACACACAAACAUUGGUGAAGGGAUUGGCUAUUCUCUUGGGGUUGUUUUCAUGAUGCUUUUCAGUAAUCUAUUGUUCAACCAUUUCAUGUACAUUGGUCAACUGAUGGGUGCCGAAAUUAAAGCUUUAUUAACCAAGGCCAUUUUAAACAAAGCCUUCAAAUUAAAUGCUGAAUCUCGUCACAAAUUUCCUCAAAGUAAAUUGACCAGUAUCAUCACCACUGACUUAUCGCGAGUCGAGAUUGCUUGCAUGUUUCAACCUUUGUUGUUAUGUCUUCCUGUUCCUAUUGCCAUUGCCAUUGUCAUUUUGGUGGUCAACAUUCGAGUUUCAGCAGUUAUUGGUAUUGUUAUCUUUAUCAUCUUUUUGGGUUGCAUUUCAUUUGGAGCUAAAAAGUUGUUUGCUUAUAGAGAUGCAGUCAGCAAAAUCACCGAUAAACGAGUCAAUUUCAUGAAGGAGAUUUUAAACAAUUUGAAAAUGAUUAAAUUUUACUCCUGGGAACAUCCUUAUCAUGAAAAUGUUCGCAAAAUCCGUGGUCAAGAAGUGGAUAUGAUUUUGAAGAUCCAAACUUUAAGAAAUGUUAUUUUUUCAUUGGCAAUGACAUUGACAGGUAUUUGUUCAAUGAUUGCAUUUGUUAUAUUGUAUGCUAUUCAAGGUUCAACUAGUAGUCCAGCCAAGAUGUUUUCUUCGGUGUCAACAUUUGAAAUUUUGGGAUUGAUGGUGUUUUUCAUUCCUCAAGCCUUGUCUACUACUGCCGAUAUGAUUAAUGGGUUUAAACGGGUUGGUGCAGUGUUGUCGGCUGAUGAAGAUGAGCCUUAUGAGGGAUACCAUGAGUUGAAUGAUCGAGAUGAUAAAAAGGCAAUUGCAUUGAGAGAUGCUAGCUUCAACUGGGCUGUGUUUGAUGAUGAGGAAGAGAAGGAGGAGGAGAAGCAAAAAGAGGAGGAAGAAAACAAGAAGAAGAAGAAGAAGAAAUCAAAGAAGUCAAAGAAAGAUUCCAAGAAUGAAGCCACCGCCGACUCAAUUGAUAUAGAAUUAAACCAAAUCCAAUCCGCAAACAAGAGUGAUAACAAGAAAAAAGCUGAUGACGAAGAAACAUCAGCUUUCCCUGGUUUAAAGAAUAUUGAUUUGACCAUUCACAAGGGUGAGUUUGUUGUCAUUACUGGGUUGGUUGGUUCUGGAAAAUCUUCCUUACUUAACGCCAUUGCUGGGUUUAUGUCUUGUGAUUCUGGUGUGGUGGACAUUAAUGGAUCUUUAUUACUUUGUGGUGCACCUUGGAUUCAAAACAACACAAUCAGGGAAAACAUUGUUUUUGGUAAACCAUUUGAUCAAAAGUUUUACGAUGAAGUUAUUUAUUCUUGUGCAUUGAAUAUCGAUUUAGACAUAUUGGAAGGUGGUGACUACACUGAAGUGGGAGAAAAGGGAAUCACCUUGUCAGGUGGACAAAAGGCGAGAAUCAGUUUAGCACGUGCUAUUUAUGCUAAUAAGGAGAUUAUUUUAAUGGAUGAUGUCUUGAGUGCGGUUGAUGCCAGAGUUGGAAAGCAUAUCCUCAAUAAUUGUUUCUUGGGUCUUUUGGCAGGCAAGACUAGAGUUUUGGCAACUCACCAAUUGUCUUUAAUUGGCCAAGCCGAUCGAAUCAUAUUCUUAAAUGGAGACGGGUCAAUUGAUGUCGGUAAAAUGGAUGAAUUAAUGGAGAGGAACAAGGAUUUCAACCAUUUGAUGAAGUUUAGUAAACUCGAAGAUGUCGAGGCCGAACUUGGGGAAGAAGAAGGGGAUGUCAUUGAAGAGGUUGAUUUGGGUAAUAAAGAAGCAAUAAAUCAAAAGACAGAGUUGGUUCCAGCAUAUCUGAAUCGAGUCAAUGAUACAACUCAAGAAUUGACGAGACGGAAAACUACCUAUAAGUCUGACAGUGAAAAUAGUGAAGAUUAUUAUAAUGAUGAUGGUGAGUACAAGGACUACAACUUAAACAAGGAUGCAUCCAAGGGUAAAAUCAUCACCGAAGAAGAGCGGGCGGUUAAUAGCAUCAAAUUUGAUGUUUACAACAAGUAUUUGAAAUAUGGUGCAGGGAAAUUGACCCCAUGGGGUUUUUUCGCCAUUUUUGCAUUUCUUCUUACCCUUGCCACAUUCUGUGAUAUUUUCACCAACACAUGGUUAUCGUUUUGGAUAUCUCAGAAGUUCCCCGGAAAGUCUAAUGGAUUUUAUAUUGGAUUUUACGUCAUGUUUAAUAUCUUAUGGGUCAUUUUCUUGACUUGGACAUUUGUGUUUUUCAUCCAUGGAACGACAGUUUCUUCAAAACAUUUGAAUUUGAUGGCGAUCAAGCGGAUUCUUCAUGCACCCAUGUCGUUUAUGGAUACGACACCAAUGGGACGGAUUUUGAAUCGGUUCACCAAGGAUACCGACGCUUUGGAUAACGAAAUUAGUGAUAAUUUGCGUCUUUUGUUUACUGCAAUUGCCAAAAUGAUUGGAGUGUUUAUUUUGAUUAUCAUUUAUUUACCAUGGUUUGCUUGUGCCAUCCCGGGAAUUUUCGUCUUGUUUUUCUUGAUUGCCAAUUUCUAUCAAGCGUCGAAUCGAGAAGUUAAGCGGUUAGAGGCUAUCUUGCGAUCGUUUGUAUAUAACAAUGUUAAUGAAGUAUUGAGUGGUAUGAAUACCAUCAAGGCAUAUAAAGAUGAGUCGAGGUUUGCCGAAUUGGGUGAUUUAUUAUUGAACAAGGCUAAUGAAGCGUCGUUUGUUGUUAAUGCUAAUCAGAAAUGGUUGGGUAUUCAAUUGGAUAUGCUUGCCGAGAUUAUAGUGUUGAUUGUGGCCUUGCUUUGUGUUAACCGAGUUUUUUCUAUCAAUGCUUCUGCCGUGGGGUUGUUGAUGACGUAUACGUUGCAAGUGGCUAAUGAGUUGUUGAAUUUGGUGCGGACAUUCACAUUGGUUGAAAAUGAUAUGAAUUCAGCCGAGAGGAUUAUCCAUUACGCAUUAAAAGUUGACCAAGAAGCACCCUAUGUUGUUGAAUCGAAUAAGCCACUGGCCGAUUGGCCGCAAUAUGGAGGUAUCGAGUUUUCUCAUGUCAAUAUGAAGUAUAGACCUGGUUUGCCACUAGUAUUGAAGGAUUUAUCGUUAAAGAUUGCCCCCAUGGAGAAAAUUGGUAUUUGUGGUAGAACCGGAGCCGGUAAAUCAUCAAUCAUGACUGCAUUGUAUCGAAUUUCUGAAUUAGACGAUGGUCAAAUCUUCAUUGAUGAUGUUGAUAUUUCAACAAUUGGAUUACAAGAUUUACGAUCGCAUUUAUCCAUCAUUCCACAAGAUCCCGUGUUGUUUAAUGGAACAAUCAGAUCCAAUUUGGACCCAUUUGGCGAACAAGAAGAUGAAGUGUUGUGGGAGUCGUUGCGUCGGGCAGGUAUACUAACUGCUGAGGAGAUUGUCAAAGCUAAGACCAAAACCAAAUCUAACACCAAAUCGAAAUCGAAAUUGAUUUCCGACGAUGAAGAACUACCUAAGUUCCAUUUAUACCAAACGGUUGAAGACGAAGGAGAAAAUUUUUCCCUUGGUGAACGACAAUUGAUUUCAUUUGCUAGAGCAUUGGUGCGUAAUGCCAAAAUCAUCAUUCUUGACGAGGCGACCUCGUCAGUUGAUUAUGGAACUGAUGAUAAGAUCCAAACCACUAUUGCCACCGAGUUUAAACAGUGCACCAUCUUGUGUAUUGCUCAUCGAUUAAAGACAAUUAUCAAUUACGACAAGAUUUUGGUUAUGGAUAAAGGGUCAGUUAGAGAAUUUGAUACGCCUUGGAAUUUGUAUAAUUCGCCAGGGAGUGUGUUUAGAGAAAUGUGUGACAAGUCUAAUAUUGUUGAGGAUGAUUUCAGGAGAAAGUGA